UGUCUUCCUCGUUAUAUUAACUCAAAAUCAUUCAGCUCAUUUAACCGACCGGCUUCGACCGCUGAAAACUUCACGGAGCAAAUAGGUCACAAAGCUUGAAUAUACCUACGGAGAUAUUACCAAUAAACCCUGCGCAAAUACGGCAACGUCUGAAGGCUAACCGCGCCGCCACUGCGAGGACAAGCUGUCGCAUUGCCAUUUUGGUGCUCCGCGUGAACCAAAAUUAGGCACUCCUCGCUGGAUAUACCCUUCACAUGGCUUCAGGACCCGGCCUUGGAGGGCAGCGAGUUAAGCUAGAGCCAAGCCCGAUCCCUAUGAUCAAGGCAGACCCCGAUGCUCGACCUGAACCCGCGGGUGCAGUAUCUGACGAUGAUAUUUACGAAGACACGGGGGAUUUGGAUUUUUCUAAUUCAAUGCAAGAUGUUUGGUUGACUCGUAUACCGAAAAUGCUUUGGGAGAAUUGGUCAAGGCUCGAAGAUGAUGAGGAAGUGCAAAUUGGGACCAUUAGGGUGGAGGGCGGCCCUACGGACAUCAAACGUGUUAGCAUGCGGCUUAAUGAUACACCUCAAAUGAAAGGCGUUCCGAAAGAUUACAACCUGCGACGACAAAAUGUUAACCCUGAUAAAUCGGCCUUUGCGGUGCAGAACACAUUCAUCUUCACCGAAAAAGAACUACCGGGAUAUCGGGAUAGGACCAAUAUACUGUUUAAUGAGGCUCAGCCCCAUGGAAGAUCAUAUCUAUAUGAGCAGACAAAACGCGAUUCUAGAAAACGAACCAAUCGCAAAAAAUGGGAGCCAUACACUCGGAAAACCAUCCCAAAACAAACGGCCAUCGUCGGUAGCGUCCGUGACGAAUUUAACUGCCUUCCUGUAGAAAAUGAAGAGUAUCAGAGGAUGGCUGAAGCUAGGGCACUUGACGUUCUUAAACCCAAACGCGAAACAAUAUAUAUUGGUAAAGUUAGUGGUGAGAUGCUGAAACCUAAGACUGUUGCAGCUGCCGAUAAAUCUACUUUCAUUCAAGUUGCAAAGCCUCCCAAGGCUCGCGCUCAAGAGAACAAAACGGCCCGUAUGCCCCAAAACGAGCUUCUGGAUCUUAUCUAUGGCUGUUUCCGACGACACAAGUACUGGCCGUUUAAAUCUCUCAAAGCAGAACUCAGGCAGCCUGAGGCUUACCUUAAACAAACCUUGGAAAUGGUGGCCCAUCUUGUCAAAAGCGGAGAUUUUGCAAUGACAUGGGAGCUUAAGCCAGAGGCCAGGGAGAGUAACUACGCCGAUGCCUUGGCCUACAAAGAUGCCAAGGAGGAGCUCCCGCCUACAGCAGGUUACAACUUCGAUUCCGAGGGAGAACCUACUGCUUCAGGGGUUGGUACUGAUAUGGACGAGGACGACCCGAACGUUUCGUUUGAGAACGUAGUUUAGACGGGUAGAACGACCACUUAAAUGAAGUGAAUUGAGUAACAGGGUAUGGCGUUUGAGAAUGAUCUGCUGGCAAAAAAGGGGCCACCUUGCUUUAUGUAACUUAGCCUCCAGGAAUAUUAAGGAAAAAAUUUUUGGGGGUUAAUGUCUUCAUAAAUAGUUUAUGUUACAUUAAUAUAUCAAGCUACAUUCAAUAAUCCCAUAGAAUUAGCUCUCCAAGCAUUCAGUCGGACGACUCGGCAUCUCCACCCCUUCGAAAUUUGUUAGGCCGUCCCAUUAGGGUUUAAACCCGACAUAUUCGAAGACCCAUA